AUGGAAUCAUUAAUUCAUCAUUUUAAAUAUUAUUCUGAAAAUAUUAGUGUAAAUAGUGGCGAAACUUAUACAGUAAUUGAAGCCCCUAAAGGAGAAUACGGUGUUUAUUUAAUCUCAAAUGGAACAAAUAAACCUUAUAGAUGUACUUUAGAUGUUGUAUUUGGUGAAAUUGAUCGUUAA